GUUAAAGUAACACAAGAACUGGUAAAAACUCUGCAGAAUCAAUUAGCGAACCUUGAGGAACAAUUAGAAAGAGAGAGACACAAUUCGGCUUUGUUGCCAAUGGCUUUUAAGGAACUGUUAACGUCUAAGCAUGCCGACAAUACUAGUCUGCCUCACGAAAAAACUUUUCCUCAGGAGGAACUGCAAGGAAUGAAGGAAAGGCUAGAUAAAUUAGAAAUGCCAAUAGCCCCAUUGCGCCCUUUGAUAAAAACUGAAUAUACAUUUGAUAACGGUGAGGAUCUAGAUCCUCAGAUGAAUGUUAAGGAAAUUCCCUUCUCAGCCACUGAACUAGCAAAACUGAAAAAAGAUUUUAGCCGCUCUCCAAACGAAUCUGAAACAGAGUAUGUAUGGAGGGUUAGCCUCACUGGUGGAGACCAGAUUCUGCUAACAGAAAAGGAAGCGGAGGGCUAUUGGGGACCAGGAGUAUUUUUAACUACUGGCAACAAUCGUGCUCCCUGGUCCUUAACACAGAGGGCUGCCUAUUGGGCAGGUGGUCUCAACCCUUUAGAAAGGGGAGAUCCUCUUGCUAUUAUUGGAACAGUUGAUCAGUUAGUAGAAAGUGUUCAAAAGGCUGCUUGUCUCCAAAUGAUGUACGAUAGAAAGCUGCAGCCACAUCAUGAAUCACCCAUGAUGAUGCCCGUGGAUCCUGAAAGGAUGACCCCUCUAAUUAGGGGGCUUCCAGAGUCGUUAAAACCUAUAGGUAUACAACUGCAAGGAAAAAUACAAGCUAUGUCUCAGGGAGAGAGAGCCCGGGUAGCGUUGGAAGGAACAGUAACCCCCAACCGUCUGCAGUCAGAAUGCAAAGUAUGGACGUGGGGGGAGGUUGCCCAAGAGUUAAUUAAUUAUGGGAGAAAAUAUGGGCCGGUGGUUUCUUCCUCCAGUAAAUUUGAGCCUAGGGGAGUAAGGCUUGCAGCAGCCAGUCUUGCCCCCAGGCCACCUAGCCCAAAACUUAAUGGAACUGAAAAGGUUUCGUCCCCGAUAAGAACAGGUAGACGGAGCAUUGAUCAUAAACGUAAUGGAUUGUGGACCCUGGGCUGGAAAAAGGGUAUUCCACGAAAUUUGAUGGAUGGAUUGAUGACAGAUAGGCUCGAGAUGCUGGUUGCUGGAUGGCCGACUAGACUUGAGGAAAGUAAAACCCCAGGUCCUAGUGCCCCUCCCACAGUGCCUGAAGUGCUACCAGAGCCGUUGGGAAACUAAUUCCUUCACCCCUCUCAAGUGAGCGGGGGGGUGAAGGGUAGAUGUUUAUUAGGAGGCUCACAACUAAAUGCAGUGAUCUAUUAAUUACAUGCAUUGUUGAACCUAACUUAGUUCCAGUGACGUUUCUUGUAGACACAGGAGCACAAAUUUCAGCUAUCAAAAGGGAGGAUGCUGAACGUGCUGGUGUAACCCUAUCCCGCAGAAAGAUAUUUGUGGCAGAUGCCAUGGGUGGGGUGCAUUCACAGAUCAUGGCAACAGUGAGGCUAAGGUUACUUGGGGAAUAGCAGUCCCAGGAUGUCCCCAUGGUUGUGGGAACUUUCCCGCUUAAUUUGCUAGGACUUGAUAUGCUGAAGGGCAAAAAUUGGACAGACGAUGAAGGGAGAGAAUGGAAGUUUGGUGUUCCUUCCCUAGAUAUUCAUUUAUUACAGAUAGCACCAGCACUUCCCCCCUCCCACCUGACCUCUGUUAGACCUUACCCUUUACCUCUGGGAGCACGUACUGGUAUUAGCCCAGUGCUGGCAGAAUUAUAAGAACAGGGAAUAAUGGUACACACCCAUUCCCCUUUUGAUUCCCCUGUGAGGCCAGUUAGGAAACCAAAUCGCAAAUAGAGAUUGACUAUUGAUUAUCGCAGGCUGAAUGCCAAUACUGGACCACUAACUGCAGCAGUACCUAACCUCUCUGAAUUAAUAGCAGCUAUCCAGGAGCAAGCUCACCCUAUUAUGGCCACUGUUGAUGUUAAAGAUAUGUUCUUUAUGGUUCCCCUACACCCUGAUGAUCAACCCCGCUUUGCUUUUACAUGGGAGGGCCAGCAAUAUACCUUUACCCGCCUUCCUCAGGGGUUCAAGCACUCCCCAACUUUGGCUCACCAUGCCCUGGCAAAAGAACUUGAACAGAUUCCCUUGGAAGAAGGUGUUAAGCUUUAUCAAUACAUUGAUGAUAUCCUCAUAGGAGGUGAUCAAUUGACACCCGUAAAAAUAAUGCAUGACAAAAUUAUUAGACGAUUAGAGGAGCUGGGGUUGACAAUUCCCCCAGAUAAAAUCCAGCCCACCAUCUUAAUCUCACACCGGUUAUACAGAUAUUAAAAGAACCUCAUCUCCCUCCUAUAAAUUGGAGCGUAACACAGAACCACUGAAAUAUAAGGCAUUGGUGGAUACCGGCGCACAGUGCACUCAGAUGCCCUCGACUUAUGAAGGGACAGAAUCAAUCCAUAUUUCUGGAGUGACUGGGGGCUCUCAAGAAUU